UCCGGGAGAGACCACGAGUCCCCGCACGCUCCCCAACGGCUCCGCCUUCCCGCCGGAGCCUAACCCUUCCCAGCGUGCCCGGCGAUUCCGGCGUGCAAGACCUUUGGAGGGCAAGGCCCCAGGGCCUGGCGUAGGUGCGCGGGGGACAGACUGGGAAUUGUAGUUCACACGGCCACGAAGGCGACCAGAGGCUGGCGGUGGGAAGGACUCAUUGUCCCAGCGUGCCCUGCGCCUCAGCCCGCGCGCUCGCCGCUUCCAGCUCUCCCCGUCUGCCCGCUCCCUUGCUUGCUCGCGCUUUCGCUCGCUUUCUCCUCGCGGAUCGAGGUGGCUCUGAUCACAGCCUGCGGCUGGGAAGUGAGACAGAGGCGGCGGCUCAGGGAAAACGAGGCUUUAGUGGUAGUGGUGGUAAGAAGAUGUCGGGCGAGGACGAGCAGCAAGAGCAAACUAUCGCCGAAGACCUGGUCGUGACCAAGUAUAAGAUGGGGGGCGACAUCGCCAACCGGGUACUUCGGACUUUGGUGGAUGCAUCCAGUUCAGGUGUGUCAGUACUGAGCCUGUGUGAGAGAGGUGAUGCCAUGAUUAUGGAAGAGACAGGGAAAAUCUUCAAGAAAGAAAAGGAAAUGAAGAAAGGUAUUGCCUUUCCCACCAGCAUUUCAGUAAAUAACUGUGUAUGUCACUUCUCCCCUUUGAAGAGUGACCAGGACUAUAUUCUCAAGGAAGGUGACUUGGUAAAAAUUGACCUAGGGGUCCACGUGGAUGGCUUCAUUGCCAAUGUGGCUCACACUUUUGUGGUUGAUGUAGCUCAGGGGACCCAAGUAACAGGUCGGAAAGCAGAUGUCAUUAAGGCGGCUCACCUUUGUGCUGAAGCUGCCUUACGCCUGGUCAAACCUGGUAACCAGAAUACACAAGUGACAGAAGCCUGGAACAAAGUUGCUCACUCAUUUAAUUGCACGCCAAUAGAAGGUAUGCUGUCACAUCAGUUGAAGCAGCAUGUCAUCGAUGGAGAAAAAACUAUUAUCCAGAAUCCCACAGACCAGCAGAAGAAAGACCAUGAAAUAGCUGAAUUUGAGGUACAUGAAGUAUAUGCUGUGGAUGUUCUUGUCAGCUCAGGAGAAGGCAAGGCCAAGGAUGCAGGACAGAGAACCACCAUUUACAAACGAGACCCCUCUAAACAGUAUGGCCUGAAAAUGAAAACCUCACGUGCCUUCUUCAGUGAGGUGGAAAGGCGUUUUGAUGCCAUGCCAUUUACUUUAAGAGCAUUUGAAGAUGAGAAAAAGGCUCGGAUGGGUGUGGUGGAGUGCGCCAAACAUGAACUGCUGCAACCAUUUAAUGUUCUCUAUGAGAAGGAGGGUGAAUUUGUUGCCCAGUUUAAAUUUACGGUUCUGCUCAUGCCCAAUGGCCCCAUGCGGAUAACUAGUGGUCCCUUUGAGCCUGACCUCUACAAAUCUGAGAUGGAGGUCCAGGAUGCAAAGCUAAAGGCCCUCCUCCAGAGUUCUGCAAGUCGAAAAACCCAGAAAAAGAAAAAAAAGAAGGCCUCCAAGACAGCAGAGAAUGCUACCAGUGGGGAAACAUUAGAAGAAAAUGAAGCUGGGGACUGAGGUGGGUCCCAUCUCCCCAGCUUGCUGCUCCUGCCUCAUCCCCUCCUACCACACCCCAGGCUCUGUGAAGUGCAGUUCAUCUUUUCCACCCAGGACGGCCAGCAGAGCAGGGUCUCCCUGCCCCCAUCCCAGUCCCCCAACCCACCCCCUUCCAACAACAACCAGCUCCAACUGACUCUGGUCUUGGCAGGCAAGGCUUCCCAGCCACCGAAGACUACUUUAAAUAGAAAAACAGAAAUUGAAUAAUAAAAUCAGGAGUCAAAA